UACGUCAUUAAUUAAGGGAUGACCUAAUUGAUGACCUAACAAUGCUAAUUGGUUUCGCGUAAUGCCGACGUUCAGGAAUCGCGCGCUCGCUGCUUCUCUGUGAUACUGAAUCAGAYGAAUCGAAUCGAAUGUCUAGGCGAUAUGACCACGCCAUGAAGAAAAACAAAAUCCGCCGAAAGAAAGACGCGGGACAAGAGUURAGUCUUAAAACCUACGGGGUAUUCGGUACUGAUGAUGGGCAAGGUAUAGGAAACAGAGAGGGAGGGGAUGGUGCGGCAUCUCCUGACGUUGAUGCCGCUACGGUGACUAAAAUGGAAUGGUCAGGAGCUGAUCUMCCUUUGACGUUGCACUCUGUUCCCGUGGGGGGUAAGGAUAAAUCGUCAAGGGUUGAGGAAAUUGGUGGAAUAACUGAUCGAAUAUCAAAGUUAUUGAGCGACUACGAUUCAUUAUACGAGGAUGACGAAUCGAGUAACCAAGCUAUGCAACAAAGUGUGACUGGUCAGAUCUACAUGGAGAGUUUYCUAUCCGAUUAUAACYCCUUGUGUCAAGAACGAGAAAUCCUCCUGGAAUCACUACAAGACUCUCUUGAUUUGGACGAAGAAGAAGUCUUGGAUCAGCUUGAGAAAAAAGCUAAGGAAAGUGCAGCCGACGUGGAAGGAUCUGAGAAUGUUGUAAUGGAGACCUUCCAAACUGCAAAAGUAACUUUUGAAAAGUUGAAAAAUAUAAACCAAAAUAUGGUCACUAUGUCAAAACAAGGACAAGACACCGGCAAACUAGAGCAGGAAAAACAAAAGCUCGAGGAGGAGUUGAGCAUGUACAAACGUAUGGCUGUACAGCAACGUAUGGAUAACGCUUAUCAAAAGAGACGACGCGCGAGUGUAGUCCGUAAGGACGAGACACAGCAAUGGAAGCUUGUUGCUGGAGAGAUGCUGGAUAUCGUGAAAGGCAUUAAAAGCGAGGGCAAAUAUGAUAAAAACGAAUUAGAAAGAGAAUUGAAUAACAUACUAAUGGCGAUGAGCAAUCAGAACGAUAUUAUAGAAAAGUUGAAAGUUGAACUGUCAGCAAGUGAGAUGAAAAAUAAAAAUUUGGAGCAAGAUAAACUCAAAUUGUACCAAGACAACACAAGUCUACAAUCCGACUUGGACGCUAAACAUCUAGAAAAUAACCAAUUUAGGCGGGUCAUCAAUCAACUCAAAAACAGAAGGAAACAAGAAGCAGAAUUGGCAGCGCAAACCACGCAAAAUGAACUGGAUAUCACUCCUGAAGCKGAAGUCAGGGUGACUACUCCAAGUAUGCAAGAAAACGCGGCCCCCACGGAUCUUUUACAAGCUCAAUUGAGAGAUCAGAAGAACAAGACUUUAAAAUUCGAAGCACAAAAUAAAGAGCUACAACAAAAGGUCCAAGACUACGAGACACAAGCAAAGAAGAGGAGGGAACAAGAAAUGAACAUUGCACAGAAGGCAAUGAAGGAAACCGGGAAGAACGCAUGCUCUAACUGCCAAGUCCUCGGCGCGCAGGUCAUAAAUAGCACAGAUGAAAUGGACAAACUGAAAGAGAAAAUAAGCGAACUUGAAAAAGAACUGAUCAGCUUGCGGGACAGAAUGAAUAAUGAAACCAAGGACCAACCCGAAACAACAAAGAAGACUCGUAAAGAAACUACUAAAAAAGCCGCAUCAAAAAUACCAGAAAUUGUCACUCCUGCUACCGAGAAAACGGCUCCUGUCAAAGCUACGACGACCAAGACUGCUGCAGUUGCUGGGUCUGGGGCAAGUGCUGCUUCUCAAACAGCUGUAGCUAAAGUACCAGCCAAGGCUGCGGGAAAGCCUAAGUCUGCRAGAAAACCCGCUUCAGUGAAGACAUCGCCUUUAUCUCCAGUGCCACCUAGCACCCAGGCUCCAGAAGAAGAAUCUGAAAAUGAGUCGUCUGAGUCAGAAGAAGAAAAAGAUACAACCGCACUGAAAACAAAACCAAAGGCGAAGACAAAAUCAAAAAGAGCGCGCAAGACAAGCAGUAAAGCAAGCAAAAAAGAUAAAACUACGGCUAAAGUUGUCAAACCUGAGGAAACCACCAAGAAAGACAUCGAGCACGAGGCUGUUGAGGAAGAUAGAGAACAGGAAAAGCCUGAAGACGGCGAAGAUAAGAAGAAAAAAGAUGAGCCGGKAAAAGAAGUGAAGAAGAUCAAAGAUGAGGAAUUUAACAGRGAUGAGAAGGCACCGUAUGUCAAAGUUCGUGAGGCAAAACUUAUGACACUUUGCGAUAAGGGUACUCAAACCAGCUACCAUGGUCGAUUAGCGACAGUUAACGUAACGCAUCGUCGUGAGUCAGUUAGUACGUGGAAAGGUGGAAAAGGCGACAGAAAACACUCCCUUACCGACGCCAUCAUGGCAAUCGCUCCUCCUCCUGUCAUCGAACAAGAAAUGUCCAUGGCAACGAGUACUAUUUAUGAAGAGGUGGACCGCUUAUGUGAUGAAAUCAGCACCUUUGUGGAGUAUGGCUUUGACUUGAUUCAGCAAUCAGCUGCUACUUUAUACAACCAAGCGGAAAGGAAUCUUGGUUCAGAGAAUGCCAAAGAGCUCGUCAAAGAGGGCGAUCAAGAUAUUAUUCCCGCUAUUGACCGUCGACUAAGUGUAGCCACUCAAGGCGGUGGAGCAGGAUCCAGACGACGAAGUUCUAUUCUUCAGCUGGAUACACGUAGAGGAUCGAUACGAAACAAAGAUGUGCUUUUUCCCGCUGAACUGUUUGGACGUAAACGUGCUUAUACGUUACCACAGCUUGACGAAGAUGGCGGAGAAAAAACGCAAGAGGAUUCCGCACAAGAAAGAUUACAAUUUAUCGAAGAACAGUUUAAAGAGAACAUUACUAAUAUUGCYCAGAARGCUCUCGACAGUAAGRRUCAAAUAUAUUGUUUUAUCAAGGUUGUAUCCUUAGCUUUCAUUUAUCCUUUUCUCACUCUCCUCCUACUUUUAACUUCCUUCCUGUCCCUUUUCAAUGCAUUACCCUCUGUUUCUUUCGUCGAAYCAGCAAGAAGUCCAAAGUCUACCAGUAGUGUUGAAGAAGACGAAGACAAAAUGGAUGUCGAACCAGGAUCAUUGUUCCCUCAAAUUGCACCUUCUGUGGUCCAUACCAGCACGCAUAAAGGAAAAAUCAUUUCUACGGCUAAUCUCUCCAACAAAGGAAUUAUGAUGAUCGGAUCUUCAACCACGAAAAAACCAACCGCCGAGAAACAACAAGCCAGUACGCAAAGUGCACAGGUUAAYAAGCGCGUUAAACCUUUGACGCGUCAACAGCAAAUGGCGAAGCAAAAAGCGUUGUUGGAUAAAGUCCUUCAUGUGGAUUCUAGAAUGCAGGAUAUUCGUAAUAUUGUAAUGGGUGCCGCACAGCCACUUAGUUUCACUCGUAGAGCGUCUACCUUUUCUAGAGACGGACAUGGGAAUGCAUCAGUUGAAUUGCCAUUUAUUGCCCAUGGUAUCUCCGGUAAUGAAGGGCAGCGACAAGACAAAAAAACCGACCUGCAGAGAAAAAUGUCGAUGAUUGAAGAAGUUGAACAGUCACCAUCGAGUACGUGGAAUGCGACGCAACCCAUUACAAAAUACCGCUCAACUAAUGAUGUUGGGAUGGAAGCACCACCACCACGACUUGUCGGGAGAAGAGCAAAAGGGAGACUUCCUUCGUUGUCACUAAACAUCAGCAACUUCUUCAAAUAAUGACGUGACACUAAAAAUGGUUUCUACCAGCCAAUAACCAAUCGAAAGACGACAAAAUCUCGAGACUGUAAUGGCAACCCCAGAUUGACCAAUCAUAGCAUUCACAUUUUUAUGUAAACCAUGUGUGUAUGACGUCAGUCACGUUGUUAUGGUCACACCAUUUUAUUGCAAGUUUAGUUUAUCGAUUGAAUACUGGAAUACAAAGAGCUUGUUAACAAGUGAUUGUGCUAUUUUAAAAACAUAUACAAUGGAACAGUACUGUUCAAUCUAUUCAGAGCGUGCUUAUAUUGCGAGUAUGACAUGGUCAGAAAUACGAUACAAUUUAUUAUUACGAUACAGCUAUUAAAAAUCCAACAACUUUGAGUAAU